AUGCCCUUCAACGACAUCAGCAAGCCCCCGCCUGCACUACCGAGUCCGGUGCUCACGGCAGUUCUCCCUGGUGUGUCGCUGCUUCAGCCACUGAGCCGGAGGGGGACGGGCCCGGGCAUGAUCAUUCUCACCAUAGAUUACGGUGACUCUUUGGCGAUUACCGACGGUGUCCCAUCUCCGCUCGUAAAGUGGGCAGAAGAAGGGUAUACGGUUGUGGAGAUCAAGGCAGAGGCCCUGAAGUCAGGCCAUGGCGAUCCCAUCCGUAGUGCUAUUGAAACACUGUAUGAGUGCGAUGUGUGUGAGCCCAAGGACAAGAUUGGCCUGACUGCAUACGACUCGGAGCUGUGGAACAUCGUGGCCCCGACGCUGGCCAAUCAUCCUUCCGUUGCCGUGGCUGCUGUAUACGCGGACGCAUCACAGGAGUCAUCACCAGAUUCUAUCGCCGGUGUGUCCAUACCCGUGUUGCUGCAUCUUGCAGGGAAGCCAGCAGGGGAGUCUUCCCAACCAGCCAAGAAGUACUACUAUCCCAACGUCACUUCGUCCAAGUUCGCCACGCCCUUUCAGGACUCCUUCCAUUACAACACCGAGGCGAUCUCGCACACUCGAAACCUUACGCUCUUCAAGAAGGAAAUGGACGGCCCAUACUUCGACUUGGAGACGAUAUGGGAUGAACACACGUACUACGAAUUCGCUGAUCGAUCAGUCGAGCAUACCAUGAGUACAAUGGUACAGGAGCCUUACGUGAACCAUGUUCCGACCAUGACCGGCGGUAUUGGUCGUGCAAAGCUCUCCCACUUUUAUCAACACAACUUCAUCUUUAACAAUUCCGCCGAUUCCGAGCUCGAGCUUACGAGCCGUACUGUCGGCAUCGAUCGUGUUAUCGACGAGUUCAUAUUCAAAUUCACUCACGACCAAAUGAUUGACUGGAUUUUACCUGGCGUUCCUCCCACCAAUAAGAGGGUCGAGGUUCCUUUCACGGCCGUUGUAAAUGUCCGUGGCGAUAGACUGUACCAUGAACAUAUUGCGUGGGACCAGGGCAGCGUGUUGAGGCAACUUGGUCUGCUGCCCGAGUACCUUCCCUUCCCGUAUCCGCUGCCAGAGGGGAGCGGAUCAUCGAGCGGCGGCCAGGUGGAAUACCGUGUGCCAGUCGCGGGAAUAGCAAUAGCGAACAAGAUGCGAGAUAGAAACGGCGGUCCGUCGAACGAGAUGUUCGACUACAAGAUCCGAGAGGUCUGA